UCCUGUGUGUCGUAACCAGACGUUUCACGGCCGUGUCCAGCCCUUCGAGCUCGUAUCUUCAUAAUCACACGCCUCGCCGUUUCUGCCUUAGGGAUCAGUACCAGAAGAUUGCAAGGACUCAUGGCGAGGAUAAAACCUCAAGCUCUCUUGCUUCAGAGCAAAAAGAAGAAGGGCCCAAGCCGUACUAGUGCUGCAACAAUUGUUAUGUACACACUCAUUGUCGCUGUAAUGGUUUUUUUUCUGUUUGCCACAUACAGGCACUGGUCGAGAAGGUCCAUGCUCCAAACAGAUGUAGGUGAGGGUGAAAGUCUUUUUGCAGGGCAGAAGAAAUCUGAUUUUGCCAAAUAUGCUCUCAUACAUACCACAAAAGGCAUGAUAACUGCUGAGCUUCAUAAGGACAGUUCUUCCGAUGUUGUUGUUGACGAAUUUAUUGAUUUGUGCGGAAAGGGACACUUUAAUGGGAUGCAAUUUAUCCAAGUUGUUAAAAACUUUGUUAUUCACGGAAGUAAGGUGGAAAGACAGGAAACUACAAUAGAAUGGACGUCAAGGGUAAAAAGUUAUGCUCACCUUGACACAAGCCUGAAGCAUGAAGCAUUUAUGAUUGGUACAUCCAAGGCAAAACAUGAGGUUGGAGGAUUUGAUAUAUUUAUAACAACUGCUCCAAUUCCUGAUCUGAGUGAAAAGGUUUUAGUAUUUGGGCGUGUCAUCAGGGGUGAAGAUGUUGUUCAGGAGAUUGAGGAAGUGGAUACAGAUAAUCAUUAUCGCCCCAAAACUGUUGUAGAGAUCACUGGAAUUACUGUCCAACAGAACCUUUGAUGGCUGUGAUGAGAGCCCAUCAACGCCCCCCUCUCUCCCCACCACUCCUAUAUGUGUGGGACUUAUCCGCAACUGUACCAGUUAUUUUUGUUUUUCUUUUUGUUUUGUUUGUAAUUUGCUCAAGUUUUGCCUGUUGUCUUUUCGGGUAACAUGAUGCACCUGGUAACUAUGCACUGCACUAUCCUUUGUUUCUUUUUACGGUUUUCAGUUGUAGUAUUGAAUUUUACACGCUCUAUUUUGACUACACUUUAUUAUUGAUGAAUGGGAUUUUGUUGAAUUUGAUCUCAUGAAAAUCUAAUUUUUUAUGUUUGUACUAA